GAAGAGAAGACUCUGCCUUUUAAACAUUGUUGCACUCGCAAUGCCACUUGUUCUUGUUUCACACCGGACAUAUUCAACAGACGCACGGCGUCCAUGACGGAAGUGUCUGCGGCCUGACGGCAAAAUCUGCGGUCCAACAUGGAUCUUUCAUCUUUACUUGACGACCUCCGACUGGGAGAGAAGCCCCGCCCAUCCUCCUCUCUCCCACCAAUCACGUCGCUCUUGGGCCUGGUGCAGCAGCGCCUGAUCGAUCAAACCUCAGACGCCAGCUCGCUCGUGGCCGGCGUGGCGCAGAUCUUCCAGACGUCAGACCGCCAGUGGCUGUUGGGCCCGGCCUCAGACCAGGAACCGCGGGCGCAGCUGGAGGCGGCGUACAGCUCGGCGGUCUGUGCUCUGAUUGGCCGCGCCGCUCUGCCGCCGUGCGACGAUGUCGGCGGCACGCUGUCGCCCGAAGACUAUCGCCACGUUCCCGCCAUCGCCGCCCAGGUGUGUGCCGCUCUCCAAGCCCUGGUUGGGAGACUGGAGGCAGGGGGCGGGGCCGAGAAGGGUCUGCUGCUCACUGUGGCGCCGCACGUGUGCGUCUUCGCUGUCACGCACUUCCAGGAGAAGGCGUGGAGCAGCUCCUCCUCCAGAAAGGCCGCACAGAGCCUGCAGGGGGCGUUGCUCAAAGCAGGAUGCUGGACAGACUCCGCCCACCUCCUCAUGGGGGACGUGCAGCUUGGGAAGGAGGGGGCGGGGCCGACGAGUGGAAUCCUGGGAGGAGUUCUGGACCUCCUGCAACCUCACCUGACCAGGUCAUCAUGGCAGCGUUGUGAAGCGACUAAGUGGGUCUUCGCCUGGACGCUCCUCCAGGUGACACGCCCCGCCCUCGCCCCUCACCUGCCUCGCAUGCUCCCGCCGGCCCUCCUCCUCAGUGACCACUACCACCUGCACAACUGCAUGCUGGGAGUCCGCUGUCUGCACCACAUUGUGCUACACACGCCUGCAAGUGAGCUGCGUCAGUACAACAGAGGUGAUGUCAUCUAUGAAGCUUUAAUGAAACAUCUUUACACCUCUGAGGCUGAUGUCAUCCAGGUGGCUCUGGCCUGUCUGCUGGACCUGCUCCUGGUCUUGGAGAAGCCCCCCUCUGCCCCCAGCACCUCCCGCAGGACGCCAGGUCGCCAUGACGACGUGCUGCGCCUGCUCCUCACCCGCAUGGAGGCGGAGCAUAAGGUGGCGCUGCGACGUGUCUACGCCUCCAUGCUUCCUGCUUACCUGGACAGGAUGGGCGUGGCCUCGUGUCGACACCUGCGCAGGCUGGACCGUGUGUGUGUUGGCUACCUGGAGGUGAGCGACCCGCCUGACGAGACGUGUCGACUGAAGGUUCUGGAGGGCCUGCACAUCGUCAUGACAGCAGCAUGGCCACGCUUUGCAUGUCGGGUCAAAGUGUUGCUGCCAUGUUUGCUGCGUCUGCUGGUGGACACGUCAUGUGACACACACCUGCAGCACGCCGUCUCACGUCAGCUGACCGCCGCCGCCACUCGCUGCAUCGCGCUGCUCCACGCCAUCGCACCCUUUGACCUGCAGCAGGUGGACAGUAGCUGUUGCAGCCCAGAGGUGCUUAGCUGCCUAGCAACAGUGACCAUGACAACAGAGAGGUGACACUCGGGGCGAUGUGAUUGGUUGAUGCUGCUGUUGGUUGUCAGGGUAGUGAGUCCAGUCGGAGAUUUUCAAAAUAAAAUUCAAAACUCUCA